GACUGUGUCCUGCAUGGUUAAAGCUCCAGUUUUGGAGGCAGCCAGAGCUUGGGAGGUCACCUGGCUCUCUGAGCCUCACAGGUCCAUGGACAAUUUCCAGGAGAGUGUCUUCAAAGACCUCCUCCAAGGGCUGUUGUAAGACCCAUGAGGGCAGAGACUUUGCCUUCCAGCCGCACCUGGCAUGGUGGCUGGCAUGAAUUAAUUACAAGUGUCAGUCUGCUGCUCUUUUCUGUUGGAGUGGGACUAAUAAGAGGGGUGGAUGGGUCUGGCCUGAGAGAGAGGAGUGGAGGACGUGGUCAAGCAACCCUGAACUCGUGGGGAUGAUAGAGUCCUGCUGCCUUCUUUGGAGGGGAGGUCAGGUUUAGCUGGCACAGCACACAGACUGUGGCUUUUGGAUUCAAGUUGUCUUGAAUGCAAAUGCCACCCCAUUUACCGCUUUAUAAUGCUUGCCCACUCUGGCCUCCAUUUCCUCCUCUGUAAAAUGGGGAUAAAAGAGCCUACUUCUUAGGCUUGUUGUUUAGAUUUCAAUGAGUUGUGGAUAUGCACUCUCCAGCUCCACAGAACUUUGUUCUCCAGAGAGCAAGGACUCAGCCUUCUGCUCGGCUGGUCUCGGAGAGGUGGGGCAGCAAAUGGGGAAGGAGCCGCUAUGAAUGCUUAGAUCCUUGGGGACGCGCAGGGACAGGUGCUGGGAGAGAGGGGUGUCAGGCGCGUUUGGGGGACAGCACUGUGUAGCUCACAGACUUUCUCUUCCACAGUCUCAAGCUACUCUUUUUGGAGUUGUCAGGGGAUCUCUUUUAACACUGUCACCACCCAGCUUCACCUUCAUACUGACCUUCUGGGGCUCUUGGAAUAAAAUCCAGACUCUGCCAAGGCCUGUGGGGCCCUACCUGGCCUGGCUCCUGCCCUCUCCCCUCCUGCCCUCUCCCCUCUUGCCAUUCUCUCCCUUGCUCACAAUGUUCCAACCACACUGGCCUCCUCUCUGUUCUGGGAAACUCACCAGUCCUGCCUCCAGGCCUUUGCUGUUGCGUCUGUCUAGAAGGCUCAGUGCCCAGCACUUGCCCUGGCUGGCUCCUUAUUCUUUAGGUCUCAGUUCCAAUGGCCUUUCCUUAGAGAGGCUUUCCUUGAUGCCCCCAAAGGUACCGCCUUCCUGUCACAGCUCCGCGGUCUUCACUGUCUAAAGUUAUAGUUAGUUUACCUCAUUCAUGUAUUCAUCAACUAUUUAUUGAACUCAGAGUGUGUGCCAGGCACUGAUGUAGGCACUAGGAAUAUACUGGUGAAGGAGAUAGUUCUCUUCCAUAGCCGUAGCCCCCAACACUAGCCUAAUAAAGAUUUGCUGAUUGAGUGAGUGGAUAUAGCAAUCUUAUAAAGAGGAGUUAUUGGCCUUGUUUCCAUAUGAACUCGUGACUUGUGUGUGGUGGAGCUGGACUAGAACCUGGACCUGACUUCCUUCCAGGUACACCCUCCCCACCCCCCGACACUUACUGCCCUUACCUAUGAGCUGUUUCUUGGCUAAUUCUGUUGUCCCCACCUAGUGAUCCAGCAGAGUCACUGAGUCACAGAGUGAGGAGAAUGGGAAGAAUCCUGGGUUGGAGGAGCAGGAGGUCUGCCUUGAAGGCCUGCUGCUGCUGUGUGACCUUGGAGUUCACAGUGCUUCUCUGGGCUACUGAUGCCACAUUACCAAAGUGGGAGAAAGUCCUUUGGAAAGUGUGAGGCUGAACAUACACGUGAGGGGUUAUUACCUCCAGCCACUGUGAUUCUGCUCUGGGCAUCUUGGUGUCUUCCCAGUGCUGUGUCCUGGGCUGGCUCCCACCCCUCCUGGGCCCUCAGCCAGUGGCCUUGCCCUCCCCACAGGCAGUCCUGGGCUUCUACCUGGCUGCUCCAUGCGCUAAGCUCCUUCCCUUGGGAAUUACCCUCCCCAGCAAGGAAGACUUGGGGGUGGGCACCAUGCCAAGUCUAGUCUACUGGCUCUUCCACCUACCAUCUGGCAGCGGGUCCCCUGCCUUAGUUCUGGCUCCUGAGUUGAAAAGGACUUGGGGAUAGGGUUAGUGGUCUGCCCCUGGAAUCGAGUGUCUUCGGCCCCCCCAGUCAUCCUCUCCACCAGCGGUGAGCACCCACAGACUCCAGGCCUCAGUUUCCCCCUCAGAGCCUGGGAUGGCCCCUGCCUCUGCCCUCCGCUUGAGGGGCGGGGUCGGCGUGUGGGCGGGCUCAGUGCGAAGGUGGGAGGAGGACCUGCGAGGAGCGGCCCCUCCCCCUCCUCUGCCUGGAGCUGCUGCUCUGCGGCUGGGCGGGUGGCCUCGCAUCCCCUCAGUGCCGGGUUAUAGUGAAGGCGUCGCCCAGCUUUCUGGAGAGGUCGGGAUAGGGGACGGUCCGAGUGGCGCCCGCAGUCAUGGUGGUGUUCCUGGGCCGCCACCUCCCGGCACUCCUCGGCCUCUUUAAGAAGAAGGGCUCUGCCAAGGCUGAGGGUGACAAACGUCUGGGUGUAGGCCCCGGCCAGGGCCCAGGGUCUGUGGUGGAUGAGCACCAGGACAAUGUCUUCUUCCCCAGUGGGCGGCCGCCUCACCUGGAGGAGCUGCACACACAGGCCCAGGAGGGGCUGCGUUCCCUGCAGCACCAAGAAAAACAGAAACUGAACAAGGGUGGCUGGGACCAUGGAGACACCCAGAGCAUCCAGUCCUCCCGGACAGGGCCAGAUGAAGAUAGUAUCUCCUUCUGCAGCCAGACCACAUCCUACACAGCGGAGAGCUCCACGGCAGAGGAUGCUCUCUCCAUCCGCUCGGAGAUGAUCCAGCGCAAAGGCUCCACCUUCCGACCCCAUGACUCAUUUCCCAAAUCAUCUGGGAAGUCCGGGCGCCGGCGGCGGGAGCGGCGGAGCACCGUCCUGGGACUGCCGCAGCACGUGCAGAAGGAACUCGGCCUGCGGAUUGAGCGUGAGGCACCAGGCACUCCUCGCCCUCCUGGUCCACGGGAUGCUGUGCGCAUCCCCACGGUGGAUGGCCGCCCAGUGGGCUUGGCCUCAGCGACAGGGGCCCGGGUGUCCCUGCAGGCACUGGAGGCAGAGGCCAGUACCGAGGCAGAGGCCAUGCUGCAGCGCCACAUCGACCGUGUUUACCGGGAUGACACCCUUGUUGGACGAUCCACAGGGGCCCGGCCCCCACCAGUGACCCGACCCAUGUCCCUAGCAGUGCCUGGACUGACAGGAGGGGCAGGGCCUCCAGAGCCCAUGAGCCCAGCUAUGUCCAUCUCGCCCCAGGCUACCUACUUGUCGAAGUUGAUCCCACAUGCUGUGCUGCCACCCACGGUGGACGUGGUGGCCCUGGGCCGCUGCAGCCUGCGCACACUGAGCCGCUGCAGCCUGCUCUCGGCCAGCCCGGCCUCCGUCCGCUCACUGGGCCGCUUCUCCUCGGUCUGCAGCCCACGGCCCCACAGCCGCCACCCUUCCUCUUCCAGUGACACCUGGAGCCACUCUCAGUCCUCUGAGACCAUUGUGUCUGAUGGCUCCACCCUUUCCUCUAAGGGUGGCUCUGAGGGCCGGCCAGAGAGCUCUGUGGCUAGCAAUAGUGUGGCACCCCCUCCCCAGGGGGGCAGCGGGAGGGGCUCUCCCAGUGGGGGCAGCACAGCUGAGGCCUCAGACACUGUCAGCAUUCGGAGUAGUGGGCAGUUGUCUGGCCGGAGUGUGUCCCUACGUAAGUUGAAGCGGCCGCCACCACCUCCCCGCCGGACCCACUCGCUCCAUCAGCGGGGCUCAGCAGCACCUGAUGGGCCCUUGGGGCUGCCUCCCAAGCCUGAGCGGAAGCAGCAGCCACAGUUGCCUCGGCCGCCCACCACUGGUGGGUCAGAAGGGAUGGGGGCAGCACCUUGUCCAUCCACCUCAGCAGGCAGCUGGGUGCCUGGCUUAUCUCCGGGUGGCUCUCGGCGCCCCCCGCGCUCCCCAGAACGGACGCUGUCACCCUCCAGUGGAUACUCGAGCCAAAGUGGUACCCCUACCCUCCCUCCCAAGGGUCUAGCAGGGGCCCCUGCUUCCCCAGGCAAGGCUCAACCCCCUAAACCAGAGCGAGUCACUUCCCUUCGAUCUCCUGGGGCCUCUGUCUCCUCCUCCCUCACGUCUCUAUGCUCCUCCUCCUCUGACCCAGCCCCCUCAGAACGCUCUGGUCCACAGAUGUCAACCAUCCUGGGUGACAGGUUUGUCAUACCUCCUCACCCCAAGGUGCCUGCCCCCUUCUCCCCACCUCCCUCCAAGCCCAAGAGCCCUAACCAAGCUGCCCCUGCUCCGACUGCCCCUGCUAUGGUCCCUGGGCCAAUCUCUACCACUGAUGCCAGUCCGGAAUCCCCCCCCACGCCCCAGACAGCCCUGACUCCACCACAGGAGUCUCCCCUUGCCGCCAAAGACCAGUCACCCCCACCAUCUCCCACCCCCACUUAUCAUCCACCCCCCCCACCCACUAAGAAGCCAGAGGUGGUUGAGGAGGCCCCAUCUGCCCCAGAGAUGGCUGAGGAGCCCCUCCAAGAUCCCAACUGGCCCCCUCCGCCACCUCCUGCACCCGAGGAGCAGGACCUGUCCAUGGCUGACUUCCCUCCACCUGAGGAGGCCUUUUUCUCUGUGACGGGCCCUGAGUGUGCAGGUCCUUCAGACCCCCCGGAAACUGUCAGCUCCCUGGCUGCUUUGCCCCCCUCAGCUACUGUCUCUUCCCAGAGCCAGCCCCAUGGUACCCCAGACCCUCCUCCAGCUCCACCAGCCCCACCUCCUGCUGGUUCUGUCACAGGGCUUCUGGCCAAGGUCCCUCGGAAAGAACCCGUGGGCUGCAACAAGGGCAGUGGGGUUCCCAGGGAGGAUGCUGGUGCACCUCUGGUCACGCCCUCGCUCCUGCAGAUGGUUCGGCUGCGCUCUGUGGGCACUCCCACAGUGGCUCCAACCCCAGCAUCAGGGCCGUUGGCCCCCCAGAAGCCACUACGAAGGGCCCUGUCAGGGCGGGCCAGCCCAGCACCUGCCUCCUCCUCAGGGCUCCAUGCUGCUGUCCGACUCAAGGCCUCCAGUCUGGCUGCCAGCGAGGGCCCUGUGAGUGCCCAGCCCAAUGGACCACCUGAGGUAGAGCCACGGUGUCCCCAGUCCCCUGCCUCUACGGCCAGCUUCAUCUUCUCCAAGGGCACUAAGAAGCUGCAGCUGGAGCGGUCUGUGUCCCCUGAGACCCAGGCAGACCUUCAGCGGAAUCUGGUGGCUGAACUUCGGAGCAUCUCGGAGCAACGGCCACCCCAGGCUGCAAAGAAGCCACUUAAGGCUCCCCCACCCGUGGCCCGCAAGCCCUCUGUGGGAGUCCCCGUACCUGCCUCCCCCAGCUUUCCUCGGGCUGAGCCUCUUACUACUCCUCCCACCAACGGGCUCCCCCAUGCCGAGGACAGGACUAAGGGGGAGCUGGCGGAGAAUGGAGGUGUCCUGCAGCUGGUGGGUCCAGAGGAGCAGAAGCUGGGCCUGCCUAGCUCAGACCCCCAGAAAGAGCUGGUCUGACCACUAGGCACCUCACUGACACUGCUGGCCCAUCCCAGGAAUACAAUCUCAGGGACCUGAGCAGCUCCAAGGAUGAAAGGAUACGGCAGACACUUAACCUAAUUGAGAGGAUGCCUGCAGCCUUAACUCACCGCCUUCAAUAUUUAUGCAAGCCUGGCGUCAAUCUGUCCUCCGAGUCACUCAGCUCUCAUGCCUUUUCCCGAAUGGAUUCACCUCUGGCAGCUGCCACUUCAGUCUUGGCCUUAGCCUCAUCUUGAAGAGGUAGCUGGAGGGAGUGGGUGGUUGCGCCCCCUGCUGGCCCUGAGGCCACAGAGUUGGGAGCAGAACACCUCACUUGAGUUUCUUUUAUUUUUCUUUUCAUGUCCAAAUCAUGCACAUACUGUAGUCCAGAAUCAAAGCACUUUGAAACGUGGCUGCAUGUCCAUCCUCCAGGGCCCGUGAAGCCACAUUCCAAAGGCCUGUUUACAUGGCAGCAGCAUCAAUCCCUGGUAGCCAGCCCAAUAGCUGGGACCAAUCUGUCCCCUCCCUCCAAACCAAACCAGUUUGCUCCUUUUCUUAGUUCUUGGAGGUGGGCAAGUCAUUGUAUCCCACAGGCUUCUCCACGCUGGAGGCAGGAGUGGGACUGUGGAAUUCCAAAGCACAAAGGUGCAGUGGGGGUUAGCCUUCCUGUGCCUCAACUUACCACCAACCACCCCUCCUGCCUUCCGGCUCUGCCAGGUGCUGCAUGCAGGGGAUAAGUGGGAGACCCAAAUGGGUCGGGGGAGAGAGACCCAGAGGGGAGGUCCACAGGCUCUCUGUCCUCAGACAGCAGGAGAAGAGAAUGGGGGUCAUCUCGGUUGGCACUUGGCAAUGCCAAGCAUUUUCCCCCUUUCAUUUGAUCAGGUUGGGGUAGGCAGGCACGACACUUUAGAGGCAGAAGCCCACGGGCUGUGGCAAAGCUGGGUCCCCUUCAACUGCAGGAAGUCCUGAGGAGGUGGAUGGAGGAGAGGGUCUGGCAGGGGAGGAGCUUAGUUGGGCAAGGGGCCCAGGCCUGGCCCUGUGGAUUUCAUCGUCUGACCUUUCUCUUUCCUUGUCUUCGUGCAUGUCUUUGCUGCAGCUGCCUUUCAGCAUAGGUGGUUCUGCUGGGGGGAGCAGAUGCUGAGUGACAAGGAUGGGAAGCCAAAAGUGCAUUCUAUUCCAGGCUCUUCCCUAGUCAAUGAGAGGGACAUUCCGUGCUCCUAGGGAGCAGGUUGGGUGGUUGCCCCCUAGACAUCAGCCUCUUCUACCGCUCUCUCCUCCAGGAACUUUAACGACCUUUCUGUUUUCAGCCUGUGCCACCUAUCUAGGUAAGAUGGCUUCCCCACUGGCCCCUGUGACUUCCACAGCAGCAUGGCUGCCACCAGGGCCACCCCUUCUAUCUCCAUCCUCUUUCCUUAACGGUGACUCAGGCUUGAGCCUGGCAAGGGACCUCGCUUUUAGCUGCUUCUCCUCCACCAAGGAGAGAGAUUGACCCCCUCCCAGAACAAGAGCUGGGAACGCAGGGGAUGUGGUAGGAGAGACCAGGUUCCUCUGGCCCUCUUUCACUACUGUCUUCUCCCUGUAGCUAUAAACCAACAUUCUUCCCUUGCUCUUGGGUAACAGCAAGCUACUGCUGGGUUUGUGUUGCGCAUGCCCAGUGAGCCCGGGAAGGACAGUCAGUAAGCACUGCUCUGCUCAGAGCUCCUGAUCCAACCCCCUGGGAAUGAGGACCUGGGUCAAAGCCUCUAGGAAACCAGGCCCUGGCAGCAGCCUUGGAACUGCUGGAGGUGGGAGAGAGCCCACCUUCUCUCUUUCCCUCCCCUCUCCCCAUGUUACUCGAGCUCCUUAUCCUCAGUUAGAAUCUCCUGAGCUUGUUUCCCCACUGGGUGGGACAGAGUACAAAGGAGAAGAGGAUCUAGAAGAGGCAACCCUUCUUUGUCCUCUUGGGUAAAUGAGCUUGACCUAGUGAAAAUGGAAAGACCAAAAGCCUCUGAUUUUUAAUUUCCAUGAAAAUGUUAGAGAGAGAAGUAUAUAUAUAUAUAUAUUUCUUUAAAUUUUUGAGUCUUUGAUAUGUCUAUACAAACAAUCCAUUCCCUCUUCCCUGAAGCCUGAGUGAGACACAGGAAAAAGCUCUGUGCGUGUUUCAUUCAAAGGUGUUAAUUAAUUAAAUGAUUGAAACUUG